UGCCGGUCUGGUUCACUCUAGGCUUUGUGUUUCGGGUAACCUGUUGAGCGCAAGUCCUCUGUCGAUGAAGAUGAAUAACCGGACCCGGUGGGCUGAUAAUACCGUGCACGGUCGAUUGGGAGAGAGACUGCAACGGGUCAUACAUGCGCUACAGCGAGAAGAGCCAGACUUCUCUAGGGUUUAAACGGGAGAGGAGAGCUACGGUUUCUGUUGCUGGCUUUGCCUGCAGGGUUUUUUUUUCUCCCCCCCUUGAGGUUUCGAUGCAGAGCGCAUUUGGCACGCCUCGGAAGGGUGGCGGCGCUUCUCCAAUGCAAUUCGGAGAAAGAAAAGCGCAAGGGCUUGAUAACAUGUAGCGAUGCUGGAAAAAUAAUAAAAAAAAAGCAGAUUUCGUUUCGUUUCUGUGAUAUCCUGUCAGCUUACAACGCAACACAUAACGGUUUCCCAGCAUGAGUCUGAUCCGCGAGAAGGUCCUGCUUUGGCUGCUGUGCUCCUCCGUGGCCAACCUCCUUCUCUACACCUUCAUCUCUUUCUCCAGUAGCUCUCCCGGCGGGGUGUCCCAAGCCAGGGUCCGCCCCAAGGUGCUCAAACCGGACAGAGUCUUCUGGAAGCUCUCCCUGGACGAGAGCGCCCUGUGGAACCACCUCCAGCACGCUCUGGACCGCGCCCACAACCCCAUCCUGAGAAACGGCACGGCCGCCAGGGCUGUUCCCCGGCUCGGCGGGCGCUGCCAGCCCAACCCAGGGGUGUCGACCCGGGUGCGGGACUUCAAUACCCUUCCCAGGCAGGUCAAGGACUUCGUGGUAUCCAUGCACUGUCGUGAUUACCGCCUGGUCAUCGAUCAGCCGGGGCUGUGCAAGGGAGAGGGACCCACUCUGCUCCUGGCCAUCAAAUCCCAGGUCGGCAACUUUGAGAACCGGCAGGUGAUCCGGGAAAGCUGGGGCCGGGCUGGGAGAAUCGGGAACGCCACCGUCGCGCUGGUAUUCCUCCUGGGCAGGCAGCAUCCAGCCUGGGGCCACUUCCCGGAUCUGACGGGGCUGCUGGACCUGGAGAGGGAGCGUCACGGGGACCUCCUCCUGUGGGAUUUCAGAGACACCUUCUUCAACCUGACCCUGAAAGACGUGCUGUUUCUCAAGUGGCUGGGGAGGAGGUGUCCCGGGGCAAGGUACGUCUUCAAAGGGGACGACGACGUCUUCCUCAACACAGAAGCCUUGCUGGGGCACCUGGAGAGCAGACCCAGCGAGAGCCGGGACCUUUUUUUGGGGCAGGUGAUCCGCGACGCCGCCCCGCUCCGGAAUGUCAAGCAGAAGUACUAUGUGCCUGAGAGCCUGUACGAAGGGGGCUACCCGGCUUACGUAGGGGGGGGCGGGAUGGUGUAUUCGGGGGACUUGGCUCUGAGGCUGGGCAGGGCGAGCGACCGCGUGGUUCUCUUCCCCAUAGACGAUGUCUACAUGGGGAUGUGCCUCGAGAAGCUGGGGGUCUCCCCUACGGAACACCCUGGCUUCAGGACCUUCGAUAUUUCGGAAGAGGACCGGAACAAGCCCUGUGUGUACAGGACUCUCAUUCUGGUGCACAGACGGACACCCAGGGAAAUGAUCUGGCUGUGGGAAAGCAUGCAUGAUCCAGAGCUGAAAUGCUAGCAAAAGAGGGGAGGGGGAAUAUAAAGACUUCUCUGGACUUCGGAAUAAGUGUGUGUGCAUUGAAUCGAAAAAUGAUUUUUGUAUUAUUUAGUCACUUUUAGCAGACGCUUUUUAUCCAGAGAGACUCGCAGAGACCAGGAGGGUGAACUCUGCUUCAUCAACAACCUGCUGCUGCUGCUGCAGAGUCUCUUCCAAUAGGACCUCGUUUGU